GCUUUUUUGAAAACUAGCUCGCUUGGCUGGAGUUUCUUUGCUCUUGGAGGUUGAAGAUUGUUGCUCACUAGAUUUAGGAAGAAAGGAGCUCAUCUUUUUCCUUGAUUGCUUUCUCACACAAAUGGACUGUUACCAACAUUUGCAAGGGACCGUAGUAUUCAGCGGCCUCGAUCUGGAAAUGCCAACUGUUGCAAAGAUGACUUCAUAAAUGCCAUCAAGCAACAGUCGGGGAAAGCCACAGAUUGGAAGCUGCCUAGGAGAUGUUGAAAAUCUGUUCUCAAAAGAAAUAUCAGCAACAGAAAAAGAAAAAAUUCUCAGCGGCAUCGGAUUGGGAUUGAGAGCUCCUCAGGAAACUCCUCUGACUCAGUGAAUUGUGGAACCGUGGCCAAACCCUGCAGGACAUUUUGAUUGUUUUGGGAGAGAAAUGCCACCAGUCACCUUAGUAAGGUGAUUUUUUUACAUUAUUAUUUUCUAUUUCCUGAGCAACAUUCCUAGGAGUAGUGUUUAGAAACUCCAUUUGAGAAGGAGGACAUGUUGGAUUCGGUCAAAUGCGUUCUGGUAGGCGAUGCUGCUGUGGGGAAGACAGCCCUGCUGCUCCGAUUUAUUUCGGAGACCUUUCCGGAUACUUACAGACCGACCGUUUAUGAAAACACCGGUGUGGAUGUCUACCUGGAUGGCACCCAGAUCAGCUUAGGCCUUUGGGAUACCGCUGGCAACGAUUCCUUCAAGAGCAUCCGCCCUCUGUCCUAUCAACAGGCCGACGUGGUGUUGAUGUGCUAUUCGGUGGCCAAUCACAGCUCGUUCCACAGCUUAAGGAACAAGUGGGUGACGGAGGUCAGGACCCAUUUACCCCGAAUCCCGAUUUUGGUGGUGGCUAUGCAGACUGACCAAAGGGACACUGGUCCUCACAGCGCAACCUGUAUCAAGCUAGUGCAUGGCAAGCAACUGGCUAAGGACAUCCGGGCGAAGGGUUACGUGGAGUGCUCCUCCUUGGCCAAUCGAGGUGUUCAAAAGGUGUUCGAAUGUGCCGUCCGGACAGCAGUGAAUGAAGCCAAAAAACGCUCAAGGAGGAACAUUUUUUCAGUGAACGAAUGCAAAGUUUUUUGAAACUGGACUGAACACGGUGAUGUUUUCCGCCUUCACCUCACCAUUUCGUAGCAGAGUAAACGCGAGCCUCUCCUUCUGUGGGCCUUAGGAUGGGCUAUUCAACGGUGGCACUUAGAACUUUCAAAGCGAAGAGGAGCAAGGCUGCGAUGGGAUUUCCAGCAGCGUGCAUUGGAGAGUAUAAGUAGCAAGCCAGAGCCUAGUUUCUUAUUAGGAUGGAAAUGUUAGAGUUUAUUUACUACAAGUUCUGUUGGAUUCAUAAAAGGGCUUGCUUUCUACACCUGAGAUAAUGGAUGGAUAAUUUAUAUGGCAGCAGAAGCUGAAUAGGCCAGGAAUAUGUGAAAUAAAGAAAGUUAAUUAAAUGUCUUUCCCCUCUAAUGUAUUGUAGAGAUUGUUGUCUACUGACAAUUUUGAACGUUCUGUUACGGAUAUAAGUCUUUUCUACAUUUUACACGUCAAGAGAUCAGAUUUCCUGGUGGGUGAAAAAAAGGAGAUCCUACCAACUAAGUUUAACCUGAUUUAGUUUAUACUUUAUAGCAUCCUGCCAGAAUGAGAUAUUGUCCUGAUAGUUC